AUGACACCUCUCAGAGCCAUCCCAGGCAAAGAAAAUGAUUAUCCUUUGAAAUUACCACGGCCCAUCGAUCGCAAGAAAGUAGUUUCUCGCUUCAAUCCUACGCGCAAUGCCAGCUCAAAUACUACCCCUAUGCAGGUGGGAAACGGGAACUUUGCAUUCGGAGCAGAUAUAACAGGACUGCAAACAUUCUUGCCUUUCAACAUUCUCUCCUCAUGGGGAUGGCAUAAUUCGUCUUUACCCACUACUUUUGGCGAGACCUCGCCGUCAGACUAUACAGGGCUUGACUGGUGGACACAUGGGAGACUGGUCAAUUACGCGAUACCAAACGAACAGGAGCCGGAAAUCUCGCAAUGGCUCAUUGCGAACCCGCAUCGAAUUAAUUUGGGAAGGAUUGGGUUUGUGUUCCUCGGGGAUGAUUGGAAUAUCACCGAGCAUGAUCUGACUGAUAAAUUUCAAGAGUUGGAUAUCCAGCAGGGCAGGUUGGAAUCCAGAUUUUCGAUAAAUGGAACCGCCACAACGGUAUGGACAUGGGUCGAUCCAGCGUUCGAUACGGUGGCUAUCCGAGUGCAGUCUGAAUUGCUCUCUCAGCAAAAUAUCGCCUUAUUCUUUGACUACCCUUACGCUACGGACAAGAAGAAAUUCGAAGCCCCAUUUGUGGGAGAUUGGGCGGCAGUCUCUAAUCAUACGACCGAGUUGUUCUUUGGAGAGGGAGAGGAAGAAGCUCAAACAAAGCAUAAAAUGGACAAUACGACCUACUUUACCGCAUUGCAUUGGAAUGGCAACGCAUCAAUCACUAGGAACGUCAACUCCCACCGGUACAUCUUACAGCCAGACUUCAGUCCCACUGGCGAGUUUGAAAUCACAGCGACCUUCUCAAGUGAGAUGAUGCCUCAAGAACCAUCUGAUGUCACUUCAGUCAGCUCCAGCUCCAAGAAAUGGUGGAAAGACUACUGGGAAACCGGAUCCUUUAUCGACUUAACCACUACUGGAAACACAACAGCCAUUGAAAUCCAACGACGUAUAAUCCUCUCGCAGUACCUGUUAGCAGUCAACGAAGCCGGCGAUGACCCCCCACAAGAGUCAGGCCUCGUUAACAACGGCUGGUAUGGCAAGUUUCACAUGGAAAUGUAUCUCUGGCACUCGGCACAUUGGAUACCCUGGGGAAGAUACCCGCUACUCGAACGUAGUAUAGGCGUAUACGAACGGUUUCUAUCAUCUUCAAUAGACCGAGCCAAAGAGCAAGGCUAUGACGGCGCUAGAUGGGGCAAAAUGAGUGACCCCAGUGGAAGAUCAGCACCAGGCGAGAUUAAUUCUCUGCUGAUAUGGCAGCAGCCGCAUAUUUUUUAUUUUGCAGAAAUGGAGUAUAAGUUUACCUGUGAUGAUGCGCAGAAAAGGAAAUCAAUUCUAUCAAAAUGGGACAACAUACUCAGCGCAUCUGCGGAUUUCAUGGCUUCGUUUGCAUUCUGGAAUACGUCAACGGGGGUCUAUGAUCUCGGCCCACCUAUGUAUCCUGCAUCAGAGAAUACACCACCAAACAGUACCAUCAACCCUACUUUUGAGCUUGCAUAUUGGCGGUUUGGUCUGGAAACCGCCAUAGCCUGGAAAGAGCACCAGGGCAAGCCAGCGCCGUCAUCAUGGAAGCACGUCGUCGAUCAUCUCGCACCAUUGCCCAGAGUGGCAAUAGCCAGCGGGCUGGACGAUGAGCUCGUGACCACAUACACCCUCUACGAAGGCAUACCUGACAUGUGGACGGAUCCAGAAACUGUCACCGAUCACCCGAUGCUCGCUGCCAUCUACGGGCUCUUGCCCGCCUCGAGAGCAGUGAGCCGAUCAAUCGCUGUUGCGACCGCUGAGCAGGUUGCCCGGGUUUGGAAUUUCACCGACUGUUGGGGUUGGGACUUUCCGAUGUUGGCGUUGAAUGCGGCCCAGGUAGGGGAUGUCGAUGCGGCGAUGCGAUACCUGGUGGACGAGAACCUUGCGUUUGAUGACGUGGGAAUGCCUGUAGGGCCGGGAGAUAAGGCGCCUACGCCAUAUUUCCCGGCGAGUGCGGGACUCUUGUUUGCUGUGGGAAUGUUAGCUGGGGGAUGGAUUGGGGGUGAGGCAUCUGAUGUGGGACAAGGUGGUCGGUUUCAACGGUUAGUGCCUGGGUUUCCGGCCGAAUGGGAGGUAGAUGUGGAAGGGUUUGAAAGAAUGCUGUGAAACGUCGGAGAGCUCUCGGAAUUGGGAUCCAGUGUUCGUAUUGGUCAAAACAUUAAUGCAUGACAGUAUAUACAGUCAUGUUAUGUGCGUUAUUCUGUUACUCUAUAGGCUAUCUAGCGGGGGGUAUUUGCGUAAAAAGAAUAUGCGCAAAGUCGCUGGCAUAACAAAAAAAACCCAGGACUGAGAGAAGGGUAAUUCCCUUCUCAGCAAAGCCUGUUUAUAAUUAUCUAUUUGCUGCGC